UGCCAGCCUCCCUCGACGACAGACAGCCAGCCGCUCGCCGUCCUGCUGCUGCGCGGAGCCCCGUCUUCUCCCUCCGAGCACCGGCGUCGUUUAUUCCACCUGCGCGGGAUCUCCACGCGCCAGCCAGCGAGUUCGGGCGCAUCUUUUCUUUUUUUGGGGGGGGGAAAUUCAAGUCUUUGCGAGCUUUGUUCUCCAAUUGCCCUUCAAGACAUAUGGAGAAAAUGGCCAGACCUCUUCCUAUAAACCCAACUUUUCUGCCGCCGACUCACGGUGUGCUCAAAUCCCUGCUGGAAAAUCCGCUGAAGCUGCCUUUCCACCACGAUGAAGGAUUCGGAAAGGACAAGGAGAAGGAAAAGAAGCUGGACGAUGAGAGCAGCGCGGCCAACCACCCACAGUCGGCCUUUCUCGGCCCAACCCUUUGGGACAAGACUCUGCCCUAUGAUGGGGACAACUUUCAGCUGGAAUACAUGGACCUGGAGGAGUUCCUGUCAGAAAACGGCAUCCCUGCUAACACAGCCCAAAGCGACCAGGCCCCACAGACAGCGCAGCCACCGCAGGCCCCUCUGCAGCAGGCCCCGCCGCCCGCCCCGCCCACGCCCUCCGUGGUUGACCUCAGCAGCCGCGCCACCACAUCGGUUCACACGGGCAUGGCACCCCAGACUUGCCUCCACAGCCCCAGCACAGCAGCCCGGGACACUCCCAGCCCUAUCGACCCAGAGUCCAUUCAGGUGCCUGUGACCUAUGAGCCUGACCCAGCAGACCUGGCUCUGUCCAGCGUGCCGGGCCAGGAGAUGUUUGACCCCAGGAAACGCAAGUUCUCCGCUGAAGAGCUGAAGCCGCAGCCCAUGAUCAAAAAAGCCCGCAAGGUCUUCAUUCCUGAAGACCUGAAGGACGAUAAGUACUGGGCCCGGCGCAGAAAGAACAACGUGGCAGCCAAGCGAUCACGGGACGCCAGGCGGUUGAAGGAGAACCAGAUCGCCAUCCGCGCCUCCUUCCUGGAGAAGGAGAACGCCGCUCUCCGCAUGGAGGUAGCGGACUUGAGGAAGGAGCUGGGCCGCUGUAAGAACGUUCUGGCUAAAUACGAGGCCCGGCACGGGCCCCUGUGAGCCCUCAAAUCCCCACCCUGCCCAUCCAACACCACCAAACCCCACCUGACACCCCCUCUGCCCCCCCAGACCCUCCUUCCCCUCGAGUUUGAAGGACAAUGUGUCUCUUUUGGUGGCACUGACCCCCUCCCCUCCUCCCACUGCUCCCCCUCCCACACCAACACACCUGUAUGAUUCUGGUAUUUUGACUUCUAUCAUAAGCUUCAAUUUGUCUGUACCUUCUUUUAUUUUCUGUACACAUUGUUUGACUAAAUAUAUAUACAUAUACAUAGAUUAUUAUAUAUAUAUAUUUACACCUGCAUACUUCCCACUUUAAUGUACUGUGAGGAGUGAUGAGCCAGCUGACCCCCCCCCUGCUGUUUGUUGUUCACUUUCAUACCGAUUUUAUACGUGAGAUCAGGACUGAAAACUGAUGUUUCCCUUCUUUCUCUUCUCCCUGUGACAUGUGUAAGAGCCCGCUCCUAGCUUCAGAGUCUUGUGCGGCUUUUUUUUUGUUUUUAAGACCUGUUAAAGUUCUUUUAUUUUUUUAAACCCUUUUUGACUUUUUUUUUUUUUUUUUUUUUUUUUUUUGAUGUUCAUGUUGUAUUUUGGUUGGGUAAACCUUCCCGUGCGCCCCUCCGGGCUUCUUUCAGAUAGCACUUAAGGAAACCGUCUUUUCCUCUGCAUUCAUGCCAUUUUUCUUCAUCUCUCUCUCGGACACUGAGCAAUAAUCCCUGACCACCACUAACCUGACACAAGCAUCUACGUGUUCCUGCGCUGUCCCGGCUCCGCCCGCUUUCCACAUCGCAUCCUAGCUCACCUCCGUUAACUAAGCUAACAUUAGUUAACACCUGCACUAAUGCGUGUCUCACAAUCUGAUCCGGUGCAAUGUUUCCACUCACUCAAAAUUUCCUCUGACUCAUAUUUAUCUACCUUUUAUUUUUCAGAUGGAAGAUUGUUGUUUUGAAAAAAAUAUAUAUAAAUACAUAUAUAUAUAUUUCUGUUGAUAUAAUUGUUAGUAUUAAUACUACUCUUGACGUUGUUGUUAGGCUCCUUGCUUUCAGAUUCAAGCAUGAUUUCUUUGACAGAAUGAAAAGCUCUUUGCAUUGAUUUUCUCCUUUUUGUUUUCUGUUUUUUUUUCUUUCAAAAUUGUUUAAUUCUUUUUGCUUCUGUUCAGCUUAGCAUGAUUUAAUAUGAGUGUUUUUACUUUAGAAACCAGUCCCGAUGUCUGUAGUCUCUCCUCGUAGCUCUAUGUCUGCCUUCUUUUUAAAGAUGGCUGUUUGAAUGUAAAAGGUGUUGACAAAAAGAGUUGGAUGGUGUUGUCCAAUACUGUGGUUAACCCAAUUGAUUUGUUUACUGCAGACCAAACGAUUCACAGCAGAGAUGAUAUAUUGGUUACAAGAGAUAUGUUUAUAUAGACCUAUUCUAUAAGUUGUUCUUUUUGUACAGUAUUUUUCCUAUACAUUACUGAACUAUGUAUUUUAAAGGCACAGCAGAUCCAGAUAAUAAUUAAAGAAUACAAAUGCAUAACUCAAAGACAAAUGCAUAUAGUGGUAUUUUGAUAUUCUGUAGUAGGUAGGAUGUGGUAGUUUUACAGAGAUUUGCGGACAUCCAGCAGCACCCAAAAACCUCAUGGGCAUUAUUGUAACUGUUAUAAUAUCUAUAAAAACACUCCUGCUUGUGUAGGUGCCCCCUUUAGGCUCCCUUAUUAAUCUUGUGUAACUCAAAAGAAGCAGAUGUUGUAAAUGCAGUUGAGAAGAGAGAAUGUGGAGCCAGACCCCCACACUUGGUUUACCGUGGUUGGCGUCACAGACUCCCCAGAAUUAGAAGCUGCCCACGAGCAUCUUUUUUCUUUCCUUUACUGGCGGCUAACGAAACUCUUCACACAGCUUGAUAGUUUUGAUUGUUUUCUUCUUUGAUGGGAUGAAGUUACUAUGAAGGAAGGGAGAUGUAUAGCUGGUUACUCUCGCGCCUGUGUAUGUGAUUGGUUCCUUUGACCAGUGCAGUUGUAGCGUGUCCCUGAACCUGAGUGAUGCACACUGGGAAGCUUUUAAAUUUUUUCUUUAAACAAAGGCUUACAGUGAAGAUCCCCGAGCCUUAGCUGUGUUGUAGUGUAGAGCUCCACGCUGGAAAACCUUCCAUCAAUCAGACUAAGAUGUGAGCGAUUUCGACUCAUUGGUCUGGAAGUCCAGAUGUGCCAGUAUUAAAGUGAAAUUAUUUAUGGGAUUAGUUAAUGCUUGCUUUUUCCUUCUUUUUUCCUUUUAGCAGCUUCUUAGUUUACCUUAAAGUAAAAAUCUGCAGUGGAUCACCUUGUAACAAAGUCUAUCCACCAGUUUCUUCUUCUUUAUGCUUGUUUUUGUAUAUGUAAUAGAGUCAGUUUGUGGUUUUAUGCAGAACUAUUCAUGUAAUCCACUAUGAAUUCCAGACAAAGACUGGGAGCCAAUAGGAAGACGUUCCAUCCUGAUCAUUUUUAUCAGAAUAGAUACAUUUCCAAAUACUUUCCACCAUUUAGCUUAAUCUCAUAUUUUUGUUCCUUUAAAAAAUAUAUAAUUUUUCAUUUUAUUUAUUUAAAAUUUGACACGAAGUGAAUCUUUAUAAUGGAAAUAUUUCCAUAUUCUUUUUACUGCAGAUGAUUGGUAAAAAAGAUUAAAUGAUUUUAUUUUGUUACUGGCAUCCCUGGACUUAUCUUUGUGCCGACAUCUUGAAAGUUUAGGCAGGAAUUCCCAUUUUAUUCUUUUUGAGGCUAGGGGAAAAAAAAAGGGCCUAACAACUCCAAACGCAGCAGUUGGAACGGCCGCCAUCCGCCCAGUAAAACAGAACUCACACAUUCCAGUCUCAGUCCCGGAGUCAGUUGAACAUAAUCUAUCUGAUCCAAAGGUGUGUGCGAUGAAAAAUAUUUAUUUUGUAACCACAUCUCUGUGCUUUAGAUGUUUUCCUUCUCCAUCUUACCUGCGCAGACACACCUGAGUGUGAACAGUUUGCAGCGAAGACCCGAAUGAUGCCUCCCGAAUCGCCGGAGCAUCUUUUUAUGAAAUCGUAUGCCGUACGUGUGUGUAUAAAUACAGGAAAAAGCCAAUAAUUAAUCCGUGUGUAUCCCAAAAUUACCUCACUGUCAAGUGAUUUCACUACCUCACCUGGAAAUGUUAACCAUAAUUCUGAGUCUAUUCCAGUGCCUUGAAUACACCGACUGUUCCCCAGUCUCUCAGCAAUGUAAAGUUUUCAUCACAGCACCACUCGGAUAGGUUCAGAUCUGCACUGAAGGGCUUCUUAGUGCAUCAAAAUCUCUAUAUUAUAUACUAUUUACACUAGUAACUCAUUUCUUAUUUUGGACAUUGCACCGCACUUGUAACCAUUGUAUUCAUGGCAACACCAAAAGGCUGUUUCAGAGUGUACAACAAAAAGGAGUGUUCGGUCUUGCUUGUCAUGGAAUGGAUGCAUAACAUUGAUUCGUGCUGUUCAGCCCUCAGCCUCUCUGUCUCUGUAAUUUGUAGUGUCUAAUAAAAUCCCAGUUCUUUUCUG